GACAAAAUUUAUCAAUAGGUAUCUGUCAAAUUCUGCAUCAGCAUUGGCCAUGUGUUUUGAAUCGAAUGUUUUUAAAUAAAUAUCGUAUUUUUAAUAGAAUAACUCAACAGAUAAUUACUAGAAUGGCAUCUGAUGGUUCUACAGCAUACAUAAGAGAAGGGGCAGCAGAGUUGUCUGUGUCUUCAGAUAAAGUAUUUUACAACCCAGUGCAAGAAUUUAACCGAGAUCUUAGCAUUGCAGUCCUCACUAUAUUUGCAAAGGAAUAUAAGGAAGAAACACAAAAAAAAACUUUACAGAAAGCAAGGAGAUGUGAAAAAAUCUUUCAAGAUGCUAUUUUUGUUCCUGAGACUGAGGUGCAUAUAUUAGAGGCUCUAGCGGCAACUGGAUUGAGAAGCAUAAGAUACGCAAAGGAAAUACCGAAUGUGACAAAAGUGGUAGCCAAUGACAUGUCAGAAGAAGCUGUGGAGACCAUGAAAUAUAAUGUGGAACGUAAUAUGGUAAAAGACAUUAUUGAGACCAGCCAAGAGGAUGCAUGCAUAUUAAUGAUGAAAAACAAACAUCCAAAGCGUUUCGCGGCCGUGGAUUUGGACCCAUAUGGCUGUCCAUCUGGGUUCCUGGACAGUGCAGUGCAAUGCGUGCAAGAUGGUGGCUUGCUGCUGGUCACGGCGACGGACAUGGCGGUGUUGGCCGGCAACUCUCCUGAAACAUGCUACUCUAAAUACGGAUCUAUAAGUGUUAAGGCAAAGUGUUGCCAUGAAAUGGCUCUAAGGAUACUCUUGCAAUGUAUAGAGAGUCACGCAAACCGCUACGGCAGGUACAUAGUACCGCUGCUCAGUAUAUCGGUGGAUUUUUAUGUGAGAGUAUUUGUGAAGAUAUACAACGGAGCAGAGAUAUGCAAGCAGACUAUUUCUAAACUGUCCAUGGUAAAGCACUGUGUGGGCUGUGACGCCAUAACAUUUCUGCCGAUGGGCACGUUGAAGCCGCAUCCUACAGAGAAGAAUCCUGACAAGUUAAAGACCUGCCUCCCGCCUAUUCCGUCGAUAAGCGAUCACUGUGAACAUUGCAAUCAGACACUACGUCUUUGCGGCCCCAUCUGGUCUCACCCGAUCCAUGACGAGGCGUUCGUGAGUCGAGUGCUCGUACACGUGGAAGAGAACCCGAUGUUGUUCAACACGUCGAAGCGCAUGGCGGGCGUGCUGUCCGUCAUCAGAGAGGAACUUCAUGAUGUUCCACUGUACUACGUGAUGCAACGGCUCUUUGGUGCCGUACACUUGGAGACGAUGCCCAUGCUGACCAUGAGGUCGGCCAUAUUGAACGCCGGUUACCGUGUAUCGUACUCGCACGCGUCAAAGCUGUCCAUAAAGACGGACGCGCCGGCGCAGUUCGUGUGGGACGUCGUCAGAACUUGGGCCAAGGAACACCCGGCUAAAGCCAGCAAGUUGGAGAGCGACGCGGUGGCGCGCCACAUAUUGUCUCGCGACAUCACGAGCACCGUGGAGCUGUCGCCGCGCGCGGACGCCAACCCCGCCAGCCGCCGCGACGCGCGCCUGCGCUACCAGCACAACCCCGCGCCCAACUGGGGACCCGGCACGCGCGCCACACUCAAGACUGGCUUCGAGAUUGGACCAAGUUUAAAAGCGCGGCGGAAGCAGAACAAAAAGAAGCAGAAGCGGGACCACUCACCCAUGAGCGAAGACGGGGGACGCAAGAAAACCGACACCAAGACCAGCGAGAGUGAAUCCGACUCAUAAAACUGAAUAAUUAAAUGUAUAAUAUACGAUAAGAAUAAAA